GGGCUCCAUCUCGCGCCCAAUAGCGUGGCGCUGUCCACCGGAUCGGUAUUCGCCGGCUGGCUGAUGCAUCGGAGCGGGCGGUACAAGAAAAUCAACCUGUCUUUCGGCCUGUUUCCGUUCAUUGGUGCCACGCUGAUUUCGUUCCUCCGCGAGGAUUCUGGGUUCAUUCAGUCCUGGCUCAGCAUCAUCCCGCUUGGAUUCGGCAAUGCUGUGGUCCUGCAAACAACGCUGAUGGCCCUGCUCGCUUAUCUGCCCGCGUCGCACAUGGCUGUGGGGACUGGUUUCGGACAACUCUUCCGAGGGAUAGGACAAGUCGGUGGCGUGGCGGUCUCGUCCGCUAUCUUCCAAUCCCGACUUGACUCCCAAUUGCGACAGCGAAUUCACGGUCCUGAUUCUGAGGAGAUAAUCCGCAAGAUCCGAGAAUCCAGUGCGGUAGUUCGCACCCUGGAGCCUGAACUACAAAGCAAGGCGAAAGAAUCCUACGCGAUCGCGCUAAAAACUGUGUUUAUUUUCUCCGCGGUCUCGACUUUCCUCGCGUACAUGGUCCGAUUGCCAAUUCCCGACCAAGAUCUAGACCAAGCGCAUGCUCGCCGGAGCAAGCCCGCUGGGGGCAACACGCAGAACGACAACCCCAACGCGGAAGCAGGCCCGAGUAACAGCAGCACCCCGCGCAGUUAUUCGCCCUCACCGUCCCCGUCUCCGAUCGGCCGGGUUGGCGAUCAGCCGCGUCCGACUUUGGAGGCGUUUGGCCGCCGCCAGCAGAAGCGGAGGCUUUCUGUGUUUGAGCCGAAUGAAGGCACACAGGAUCUUGAGAGCGAUAAGAUUGGGGGAUCGGCGCGGGCUAUUCCGCAGAUCUCUGUCCAGGGCGAUGCUCGCCCGAGUUUGUCGGGGGAUGCGCGCUGAGUUGAGAGAGUCAAUUCGCGGGUGUUGGAUAGCUCCAAAAUAUAUGAGCAUAGACGUUCUACGACUGGCUUGUUAUAAUGACCCUGUGAUGCGCAGCAGAAGCUAUUGAAUAUCCUGCAGUUCGUAACCUUGCAUGCUUGUUUAUUCGCGGCAUAAAACACAUGUGUUUCAAGUCUGUCCUCGCGACUAUCUGAUAGAAAGAUCCAGAUUCGAUUGGGUAUACGGCUUUCACAUGAACACUUGUGCGCUGAAAACUGACGGCACAUAUUUCCUCCAAUGUCACGACCGUGGCUCUCCAUCGGAAUUCCGAGUGAGCAACUUCUCAGUAUAAGCUUUGCACGGCUGACACACACAAACAACCC